UACAGCAGGCGACGGACGUGCACGCCGCGCGCCCUCACGCGCUCCAAAACACUCCCGAUACGCACCUCCGGCGACCGAAAGUGAUCAAACCACCGGACCAUACCGCACCGAGCAAAAAAACCAUAGAACCCGCCGUUUGAGGUUAGAAUUUCCCCGGGCGAUUUUUAAAGUUCGCGGUGCGAAAAUCUUGGACGCUCUCUGCAGUUGCAUAACAAUGCAGCGAAGGCCGUAUGGAAAAGUGUUUGUACGGUGAAAAUUUCGCCUCGGUGUUACGUUUCCACGCGGCGGUAAGCCGGCGGCCGAAAAGUUUGUCUCGCCGCCGACGGUAAUCUGAUAAUUUGAAAUUUUUCGCGCCGAUACGUAGGCGGGUCGAUCGCUAAUCACUCGAGUUAAUAUUUGAACUGUGCGUGAACUCACCUCGAUCUGUGGUUUCGUUGCUAGUGUAGUGAGUGUGUGAUUUUCAGAUCUCAGGGAAAUGUUUCUCGUAUUACUUCCCCAUGUGAUGUUUCACCCGAGUGUUGAGUUUUAGUUACCCGAACCGCAGAGUGAUACGAUCCAGGCGGUAGAGAGCCGGCGGUGAGCGCGGUUUUGAAGAAUCUCGAGUGAGUGAGUGAGUGAAUUCCGCAAUCUGCAAAUCUAUCGGCUGCGGCUGUAACUCUAGAGGAUCCAGUGGCGAAACAUGCGUCCGCGGCGUUCCCACACGAAACGAACUGACCAAUUUGUUAAAUAAACGAUACGACAUGUUAGACUCGGAUCCCUAUUAAGACGUAAGACUCUGCCCCACGUUGGGCGCCAAUCCCGAGCCCCACGUCGGGCGCCAAGCCCCGCGUCGGGCGCCAAGUGCGGUGCGGUGGCAUGCCGUGUUGAGCAGUGACGGCGCCCGCGCGGCUGAAAUGGGCGCGGCGCGCCAUGUUACCGCGCACGCGCCCCUUGCGCUGGCUCAUAGCGGCGCUCGCGCUGGCGUCGUGCGCCGCGGCGCCGGCCCCAGAGCCGCGCGCGCAGCGGUCCGCCAACCUCAGCCACAUCACGGGCACGUCGCGCACCAUACAGAUGUUCCUCAAGAAUCGCUACCUGCAGCUUCUGCCAGAUGGCACAGUCAACGGCACCACCGACGGCAGCAGCGUUUACACGAUACUUCAGCGUGCGACGCACACGGUCGGCGUCCUGAAGAUCCAGGGGGUGUUCACCUGCCUCUACCUGUGCAUGGAUGCCUGCGGGUUCCAGUACGCACAUAAGGACUUAAACUCGGACUGCUUAUUCGAGGAACAUUUGGAGGAGAACAAUUAUAAUACGUACUCGCAGAUAAAUAAUUACGAGAAGAAGGCGUUCCUGGCGCUGGAUAACCGGGGCAGGGCGCGGAGGACCCAGAUACCCCUCAACAGGCCGCUGGCCAACCUCUCAGGGUACGCCCUGACCAUGACCAUGAAGUGGGAGAGACCCAAACCGAAUCAGUGUCCCAUGAAGAGACACGAGAAGAAAAUCAAGCGCCCGCCCCCACCUCACCUCUACAAAAACUGCAUGAAGCGCGUCCAUCGGAUGAAGAAAAAGACGCCGAAGAGGACCAAGGUGAAGAGGAAGCGACGCCCGAAGGCGAGGAGAAAAUUCGAGAACGGCACGACGACGACGACGGACGCGUACGACGAGUCCACGAUGUCGACGAUGUCCACGACGGACGCGGAGUUUUUUCGGUCGGGGACCGCGCAGGAGGCGGUCGGGCGCACGUAGCCAGGUCUCUGGUCGUCGUGGGGGCAGCCGUCGCACUCGCACACUAGCACAGUUCCACUCGCGGGGCCGAAUCUCCGGCGGGACUGGCCGACGGCCGGCUAGACGACAGAUAUGUGAGACGACUCCUCCGGAGAAUCUAAAUUAUAGAUACACGUCUUCCCAUCUGAGGAGGGACGAGUGUACCCGAAGUCGGCCGAGCCUGCCCUGUCAUUCUCAAUCGGACCCGUUCCGGAGGAACGGGUCUAGAAACGUCGCUCUCUGACGAUAACGGUCCUGAAACGCUCGUAAUUUAAAUACUCAAAAACGUAGAAAUUUUGGGCGCUAGCUUUCGGUACCCUCGCAAUCGCCAAAGCUACUGAUUAUAUUCCUAGAUCGCUUUAAAUCUUAGUUGUAUCGGUAUUCCAAUUGUCUUAGUUAUCGUGAAAUUAACUUAGAUGUAAUUGACGACUCCAUGACUAAUCAAGAUGGACUCGUUGAACGAGUCGAGAUCGAGUGAGUUGGAAUUGUGCUAGAGGAAGUUACCCGUUCGCGGCUCGAUAAGAUCGCGCCGAAUCCUAUUUCUAGAGCACUCGGCUGCUUGCCGUCUGUUCGCUGGAACUCAUCCGUUUCCCUGGCCUCGGAGCCUGUUAACUAUCGCACGAUCUAAAUCGAUAGUUACUCAUGGGCGGCGACAUCCGAACCGAUCGGUUGCCGCAUCGAUACACUACCUCAUAAUAUCGACAUUUAUUCGUAAUAAAAAUACUCUUUCGACGCACAGCGCGCUGUCCGAGGCGAACGGGUAACCGAAGGUUUUGUACUUAGUGCUGAGGUGUAAUUUCAUAAGAAAUUGACUGAAUAUAUAUGACUGAGUAAUGUAGGUUGGUUUCUGAAUAGGCUAUGAUAGGUUAUGUGCGGUGGACGGCGUGCUCUGUUAGUUUAAGUGUUUCGGAUCGGAGGCGACCGGUUAUCUUUCGAAUCGGCGAAAUUUCUGCUUCCGGCUGAAACCGGAAACGCCUCGUCAAUUCCAAAUUUGAAUUAGUUUAGCGCGACGACGAAGUGACUAUUAGCUGUUAGAUUUAAAACGUGUAUCUAAUUUGUAAAUUAUUUAUUUUCCAUAGAGAAAGUCGUAUUUUGUUAACGUUUUAGUUGAUGUUUUUUUUAUUCUUGUCCCCUAGUUCCAUCCGAUGUAGAUAUGUAGGAGUCAUACGCUUGUACUAUUAGUGAGUCUUAUGUGUAUUAUAUUUGUGCGUCACAUGAAGCAAAAUUUGUGUUUCGUUUACAAAAAAGAACUUUAUUUCAGCGAAUGUAUGAGCACAAACAUUGCUGUAUGUGACAUUUUAGUUUCCCUCGCAGUCAUGUUAUGAACGUAUGUUGAAUAUGUUGUCUGAAUCAGCGAACUAUUGCUACUAUUUUAUAAUGGUGUUACAAAAAAUCAGUGCAUUUAAUAUACUCAUGCUCUAUACAUAUUUGGAAAAAAAAAACAAAAAAGUUAUAUUUUGCAUUUAAAGUUUUAAUUUCGCGCCAAGUUUAAACGGACACCUUUUUCUCAUGAUAGUAGAAGUAUUACGAAGUUCGCUGGUGCCAGUGCGACUGUAUUUAAGGAAAUUGCAAUAAGCUUUAUGAUUGUACCUACGUGCGUUAAGGGGCGUUUACAUGAUGCCAGUUGUUGUAACUCAUUAUUUGCCGAUCAAACUUUUUGUUUCUCUUUAUAAAGAGAGUCCCAGAACAAAACUCGCGUCAUGAAAAGGCUCCCUUGGAUCGAAUGUUAAUUUAUAUUUAUUUAUGAUGUAUGUAUUAGUUGUAACGUAGCUAUAUUUAAGCGUCUGUGCUCGAUAAAAUACCAAUUUAAAUUGUAUAAAUUAAAGGUUUUCCGCAAAAUAUUCUAUAUUAAUUAUAAUGCUUCUUUUAAAUAUUUGUGAAAAAAUAGAUUUUCUACAAUGCAGUAUAUUUUAUAGUCUGUUAUAAUCCAGGUCUACACUGUUUUUUUUUAUUUACAAAUCGAGAAUAUAAUUUACAUUUGGAUGCAUGAGAGACGAUAGUUACAGAUUGUAAAGAAAUUUAGCAGCAAGGAUUAUAAUCAUAAAACAAUUUUAUAAUUCCGUGAUUAUACUAUUUAUAUACAUAGACAAAUUUUUGAAAUAUGAAUGCGGCUGGUUCGUAUAAAAGAACAUUUAUCCGAAAGUGAUCAAUUGUAAGACAGAUAUUACAUCUGGAUCUGGAUUACCAAAAGUUCCUUUUUCCAUAUUUUGUUAAUAUUAAUAUAGAUUAUUUGAGUCAUAAACAUACUGUGAACAUCACUUAUAUUAUGUAUUCUAUUUAAAUAAUAAAAAAUGCCAAAAAAUAUAUUUAAAUUCAUUUUUAAAUUAUCAUCAAUUCACAUCGAUUAACAUCACUACAGUUUUGUUGCAUGCCAGCGUUACUGGACUACAGCGCUGUGGCAAGCAACAGAUCCAACAUUUCUUUCCAUUGCUGAUCCAAUGUGAAUGAGCUUUAAACAUUUGAUAUAUUUUGUGCAUAAUAAUUAAACUUUAUAAUUAUUAUAAUUUAUACGACGUCGAAUAUAUUUAACUAUUGGACGCCAUAAUGUAAAAUAUUGUUUUGUACGUAUUAACCUAAAAGGUGCAGCCCUUUCAAGGUCCUCUGUUUCUGACUGCUGAGUGAAAUUUCCAAUAUGACAGACAAAGUCGGGCAGACUAUGUUUUGCCGUGUAAAUAUUUUUAUCAUAACGGGCGUUAAUAUUUAUAUAUUUUUAUCAUAGUAUGUUUCUGACUUGAACUGUUUUUAAAGACACAUCAAUCUCACUAUUCUCGAUUAAGCCUGGCUACACUUUUUUAUUCUAAGGAUAGGUUCACAUCAAGUUGAGGGGCAUGCAGGUUUAAAUUUUUUCAUUAAAGUCUAAAAAUGUAUUCUUGCUUUACUCUAUGAAAUAUAACAGAAACAACCGGUGAACAUCAGCUUAGAGGGUGAUACAGCUAAGCUUUGGCUGUAAGAUUCCCUAAAAGAUGGUAGUAAUCGGCUGGUACGCUCGAAAUUAAAGUGUUAUGAAAGUAUAUUUUAUGAAAGUAUUUAUUUCAUUAAAGGAAUUAUUGCCUUUUAAAAAUUGUAGCGACGCGUUUCGCUGUAUCGAAUAAUUGAAUUGGAAAUUAUUUUUAUUUGUGAGUAAUUUUUAAAAUAUGUAUUAUUAUUUUUUUCGAAAUCUCUAAGUGUGACCAGGCUGAGGUGUAUUUGUUCCGAGUGUGUGAGUUUGUAUGGACACGUCAAUUUGUAAAAUAUUUGUAUGUUAUUUAUACACAUGUGCCAUAAAUACCUAAUUACCUAUUCGGGGUUACGUUGAUUUUUGUUUCGCACAAUAAUUUGGGAGUCGUUUAGCAACUAGUUUCAUAACUGCAAUAUUUGGGAUUCGUUUUGAUAACAUGGCGACGCUACUCCCACCUGACUCCCUGCCCCGGUGUUCCUGAAGAAACUUGCGGGGUUAAACAGUAUUAAUUAAUUAAUUUCGAUACCUUUACAUUUUUACAUUUACGAUUUUAUCUGUGAAAUCGGUUCAUAGUAAGGGGACUACCUACUGAAUUUGGUCGGGUCAUGUCGAGCUCAGCCGAGUUGACGAUCAAAUUAACUUGACAUAACCCUACCAAAAACAUCCGCCACCUGAUUUAUGAAUCUAUUUCUCUAAUGGUACAAAUUUUGAAAUGACUCAUUCGGCAUCUCAUCAAAAUUUAACUUACUCGUAGUUUUUACCAAAAGAUUGAUCGAAACUUUUAGACAAUAACUUUAUACAGCCUCUUAUACUAAAGUAAACAAUAAAAUGAUUCUUUGAAUAUC